AUGACUGAAGCCAAACAAGAUUUAAUAGAAUUAUCAACAAAUCCUUUAGAUGAAUGGAUAAAUACACAUUAUGAUGAAUUGUGUGCAGGUAUGACGUGUAAAAAUGCUCUAUUCUGCAAACCAUCAGACAUGAAAGACAAAAACUUUCAAAUGAGCAUUAAGGAUAAAUGUGAAAGGAAACAGAGAAGAAUAGAUGGUAAACAGACGUGGUGUUAUGUUUUGAAAGAAGAAAUGAAAGGAUUAUAUAAACAGGUUGAACCAAACGAUAAUGAGGAUUCAUUUACUGAUGAUGAAAUACCCGUAAAUGAGCCGCUAAGCGGCGAGACCUGA